UUGGUUUGUCCCACCCACCGCCGCCGUCGUUGAGGGAGGGACGGUUGGGAAGGGUUUGUUUGAAAAACAAUUAAGGGGGAGACGAGAGGGGAAAACACGGUUGUGUGUCUCACACACACACACAUAUAUAUAUAUACACAGAGACAUUUAGAUAAAAACACAAACACGUUCAUCGGAGUCGCUGUGGAGUCUGUGUGAGAGGGAGCGGUUGUGUUGAUCAUAAAACCGCGGACUCUGUGUGUUUCUUUCUCUGUCAGAGCGGCGGCGUCGGGCAGAAGAUGAUGGCGGUGCGAGGCUCCCGGGCGCUCUGCUGCUCUCUCCUCCUCCUCCUCACCGUCUCCGGGGUGAGAGCAGCCGAACAGGACUCGCAAUCCGGCACCGUGAUCCCGGCCGAAAGCCGUCCAUGCGUUGACUGCCAUGCCUUUGAAUUCAUGCAGAGGGCACUGCAGGACUUGAAAAGGACUGCAAAUAAUCUGAACACUAGAACUGAAGAUCUGCUGCUGCGAGUGGAGCAGAGGGCUUUGUGCGACUGCCUGCCUUCAAACCUAGUUGGCUGACGGAUCACAAGAUGGUGCCAUGAUGUUCCCAUGAAUCCUAUACUACGCGUACACAAAACCACUUGUUGAACAUGAGAGUGUAGGUUAAGCAGUAUUAAGCUUAGUAUUUACGGUGAAAGGUUUUAAUAUACAGUAUUUCAAGAGACUUGUGGAAAAUAAAAUAGAUGAAUUAUGAAAAGCAUUUGUUUUUGCGGGUCAGUAUAAAGACUUUGUUUCUGCACUUUAGAAAGCAUGAAAUGUGAUGUGGUAGAACCAUCCGUAUAGCACUUUAUUAUGUAGAGUUUAAUGUUUGAUUGCGAGUGGUUAGAAUGUACUUGUUCAUAUAUACGGCUUAACAACACACCCGUGGGAAAUAGUCAUGUGUACGAUUGGUCAGCUGUGCGUAUUGCAAACCUUUGUACCAAUAUAAACUUUAUUCAGCAGUUUAAAUAAACCUACAUGGUACAGUUCUCCCUA